AAUAUAAAAUUUUUUAGUUUCACAAUGACGUUAUUAUUUUAGACAAAAAUUAUUUAAUAUUUUCAAAAUUUAAGAGAAGUAUAUUCAGAUAUUCUUGACAAAGACGAGCUCAACGCAGUUUUCGAGAGUAAUGUAUAUAAAAAAUUGUAAUAACUUCUCGUUAUCAUUGGUAAUAUAACCUCUUUUUUUAUUUUUAUUAUAAAAUUAGAGCACUCCUAAAUUAUUGCCAAAACGUAAAAUAAAAGUGAAAUAAUGCCGGAACAGAGCAACGACUACCGGGUGGUGGUUUUCGGAGCCGGUGGGGUGGGAAAAAGUUCAUUGGUUUUAAGAUUUGUGAAAGGUACUUUUCGGGAGAGCUACAUACCUACCAUCGAAGAUACAUAUCGACAAGUCAUAAGUUGCAACAAAAAUAUAUGCACACUUCAGAUUACCGACACAACUGGUUCCCACCAGUUUCCAGCAAUGCAACGAUUAUCCAUUAGUAAGGGCCAUGCCUUUAUACUUGUUUACUCAGUUUGCAGCCGCCAAAGUUUGGAAGAGCUGCGACCAAUUUUCGAAGUCAUCAGGGAACUUAAAGGACCAGAUUUAAGUCAGAUUCCAAUUAUGCUGACAGGGAAUAAGUGUGAUGAGAGCGCUGAACUGAGAGAGGUGACUACAUCUGAAGGCCAAGCACAGGCAGCUGAAUGGGGCGUCAGUUUUAUGGAGACUUCUGCGAAGACCAACCACAAUGUCAAACAGUUGUUCCAAGAACUUCUUAAUUUGGAAAAGUCACGCAAUGUAAGCCUUCAAAUUGGAGGCAAAGCAAACAGCAGGGUUGCCAAAGAUAAGUGCGAUCUUAUGUAAACGAAAUCCGGUAAACUUUGCUGGAUUUUCAAGAUAAUUUCCAUCUAUGUCUUACCGAUGAUCUUUUAUUUUUUUAAAUAGUUUUGGUGGAAUUUGUUUGUGAAGUGUUGUUAAAGAACUUAUUGUAUGUUAAUGUUUAUUUUAAUAUACAAGCUGUAACAAAAAAUUAAUCACCAAUUAGAUCAAUUUAUAUUAAAUACAUUACACUUGUAUUUAUUAAUUACAAAAACACGGUAUUAUUACAGAUGUUAGAGAUUCUAUGAGAAGUUGAUAAUAACGGAGUCACAGACCAAAAAAUCUUUUAAAUUAAAAUUGACAGAGGUUGUUUGACACAGUUUAAUUAAUAUUACCUUGUUUCAUAACGAUAAAUGUAAUGGCAAAUGGGCAGAUACAUAAUGAUUUAUUGAUGCAUUGAUGAAUACGAAUAGAGUAGUCAUACAUUUUUAUUUUUAAAUAUUAAACACUUUUUAACGAAUACUAACAAAGAUGCAAUAUUUUCAUUUAACAAGGGGCCAAACUCACCUCAUUGCUCCAAAAUACAGGUUCGAAAGAAAAUCGAACACUGCCUAAAUCCAGAUGUUUUAUGACUAUUACUUAAUUUUUUAUUAAAACUUUGUAGAUAAGCUUUCGUUGGCAGCUAAAGAUCAGUUUACAAACACAUAAAAUACAACUGCUUAGUUUUCAGAAUAGUUUAAUAUCAAUUGUAUACAAUAUAAUUGUAUUCUAAUUGCUCCAAUAUUAAUUUUGGGACUUUCACUGUUAAAGCGAUGUUACUUAGUAUUUUGAUAGAAUAUAUACUUUUUGUUUAACGGGAUCCAAUUUCGUAAUCUAAAACUUGUAUGGCUCUCAGGCCCACUUUAUCUAUCAAAAGACCAGUCAGUAAGUAUCUUCUUCUUUUCGUAUCAUAUCCUCAUUGAAAGUUGGCGAUUAUUCUGGCCCACAUAAGUUUGUUUACAGCGGUUUGAAGGAUGUUGUACUCGUCCACUGCUUUAGAUUUUUCAGCCAAGAGAUUCGUCGUCUACCCGGCCCCCUACUCCAUAUAGGAGAGUUGAGAAUACAACAGUUAAGUACUCGAAGUUUAAUGUCAUUAGAGUGAUCCCAAUCCUCAAUUAAGUUGCACCCUAGGUAUGUGAAGUUUUGGAUUCUUUCUAGUGUUCAUCGUGUAUAAAGAAAUGGUAGCGCACGUUAAGGUUUUUGGUGAUUAUCAUCAUUUUCAUUUUAUUAAUAUUAAGAUUCACUCCAAAAUUUCUGCUAGUCAUUUCGGUUCGGUUAAUUAACCUUUGAAGGUCUUCUGCAGUAUCAGAAAGAAGAACAGUACCGUCAGCCUAUCGGAAAUUAUUCUUUAAUAUCUCAUUGACCAAAAUUUCGUCUUCAGUAUUUGCCAUCGCCUUGUUAAAUAGGUAUUUAAAGUAAAUAUUGAACAGGGUGACGAAACACAACCCUGUCGAGCUCCUCUCUGGAUAUUAAAGGUUACGGAAUAACUAUUGUCAACUUCAACGAUGUCUUUUUAUUGUGUAUAUAAAUAUCCUAUGAUCCUCAGAUCAUUAUCCUAAUAUACCUGUUUUUCUGAGAAUAUCGUUAAGUUUACUCUGUGGAAAGCUGUUUUGUAAUAUAUAAAGCAGACAAAUAUAACAAUCUACGUUCCUGCUGUAUGAAUUGGUUUCUGAAUAGUGCUUUUAAGUCCAUUCCUUAAUCCAAGAAAUUCGUGCAGCUGAUGUUCAAGGCUCAAUGGAUAUAUUCAAUCGUGCAUAAUGUAUCGAAAGAUCUUCAACUUCGCAGUUUUUGGGAUAUCUUUUCGUUGGUAAUGCUAUGAAUGUAGAGAGCAGCCAAUCAUCAGGAAAAUUUGCUGCCUGAUAAAUGGUGUUGAACGGAUUCAUCUUGUCAAAUUGGCUCAAAGCGUCAGUUAAUAAAAACAUCUACAGUUAAGGCUGUUUUAGCAGUUAAAACACACUGCGAUUUGAAAUGGGCGUAUCACUUACUUUUCUACACUGCUUACGCCAGACUAUCAUUAUUCAGUGUCGCCGGCCGACGGGUAGUUUAAUGACAACAAAUGCAUUAUUCUCCAUUCAAAUGAGUUUUAACACGAACUAACUGACCGUACGUUCAUGAUAUUUGACGUCAUGAAGGCGAUAACGAUAAAACUAAGCGCCAAUGAUGAGUAACACGUUUCAAUAUUAGAUUUUAGUAUUUUUUAGCAAUUUUCUUCAAAGUUGGAACACGCUUUUAUCGAUUAUUACUGUACACAGAAAGGUGAAAAAAAAUCAACGAUUACAGAAAAAAACUUUCAAGUGAUGGGCGUAAAAAGUUUGGUUAUAAUAGAACGUUAAACAGUAUAAUCAAACUUUUCAACAGAAGUUUAAAAAAAAAUAAAAAAAGUAAAACAUCAUUUUAAAGGCAACAUAAUUUCGAAUAACGUGUCCAAAUUUCGAGACAUUUUGUCGGUAAAAAACCGAGAAAACAUGUCCCUAGGUUUUGGUGCACCGAUAAAACAGCCUUAACAUAAUUUUUAAUUUAUAAAAUUUAUUUUAAAAACGAUUUUCGAAUGGAAAGUAGAAUAUAAAUACAAUAUUUAACAAAUUUGUUAUUAGAGGAAAAUGAUCAAGAAAUAAGAUCCCGCACGGAAUGUAACCAUUUAGAGUAAUAAUCUCACAGAAAGGAACUUUGAAGGCGACUAUCAAGCCAACAAAUAGACUUGGGCAGAUAACAAUAAUAGGUAGCGUAAAUGGCUUAUUAUGGGACCAAACCAUUACAAAAUAUAACAAACAAAAAAUAUAUAAUACAAUAAUUAAAAAUAUUAUGGCCUAUGCAUAGCCCUAUAAAUCAUAGGCGGAGAAUAUCUUCAGAGGCACAGAAAUGAAUUUAUAGUGGUGAUCGGCAGGGAUAUGCAGAAUAUGAAGAACAACGAACGAAAGAAUGAUAGAAAUAUUGGGAGUUAAAGGAAGAUUCGCAGUAGACCUAAAAAAACUAAUUGACAGGUAAAGUGCGUAGAGAGAAAUUAUCUUACAUUACCCCAUGGGGCUAUAGGCCUUGGAGUAUAUCGACCUACCUCACGACAUCUCUCCGUUGUUUCCUGUACGACUAUAUCCAUUCUUCACCCCCUUUUCUUGAUGAUUUUUUCAUUCCUCGCUCUCUCUGUACUUGACUAACCCUCCUUAUCCGCAUUUUCUUUAUCGUAGUCAUCAAAUCUGAUUUUCCGGAACAGCAGCUGCAGUUUCUAGUUUCUCCUUAAUCUCAAUUCUUCACCGUUUCUAACUAGUCCAUAUUUUUUUCUGAGGAUGUUUCUCUCCCACCUUCUGGGCGUUUAUUCAUCAUUUAGCUACAAGAUUUUCUUUGUGUACCCACUGCCAACGCUGUCAUCCUAGAUUUAAUCUUCUCUGCCAUAGAAUUGUUUUCGGUCUAAUGGAAUUCUAAAACAAGUUCUGGAAUGGAAAUCAGGAGUAAAAACUUGUGAUUUUUUUAAUAUAUAUAUUCAAAAUUUUGAUAAUUGCAGAUGUAUAUUUUAUGUGGUAUCUAACUUUUAACUUUAUCUUUAACAGCAUUUCACAAUAAUACAUGCAAUAAAUAUCCAUAAUGUUUAAUUUGUUUUAUACUUGUCUUAAAGAAUUAUACACAUUAGUAAAACGUUCUGCCUUUUUUAUCAAUGGGUCGCCAAUCGGUUAUACCAUAAUACUGUGA